AUGACCACAUCCAGCAGGCGAACGCGUUUGGCUGUCAUCGACGACACCGACCCCAGCAUCACCUGGGGAAGCUACUGGGACACCAGCCGCGAAACCUUCGAAUAUCCCUACAACUACUGGGGACAAAUCUACAACGGCUCCCAACACGUUAAUUCAGGCCAAGGAAACGAGUACGUCGGAUGGCUGGAAUACAUAUUUCGAGAGGUGUCUCAAUCGUAUGCAUAUCUGCGGUCGGCCAUCUACGUGUACGGGACGAGCCGCAUCUACAAUGUCACUGGUACACCCACAGACGUUGAACCACUAUGGAUAUGCCUGUUUGACGGCGAACCCUCGCAGCCCCUCCAGGGUUCGACCCGCCAGCCGAUUAACGGGUACCCCCUCUGCAGGGCUACAUUCGACGACAACGGUCCCCACAACCUCACCCUCCUCGCUGCAGGGACUUCAUCCUACCCCUUUUACGUCGACUACAUCGAGGUCUCUCCUCCUUGGGACGAAACCGACACCUACCACCCCACGGUACGGCUAGGAAACCAAGAUGGCGGAUGGACUUACGACUCCAACUGGUAUAAGUACGACAACUAUACCAUGUACACGUUGAACAGCGGUGCCCAGGCCCAACUCGAGUUCAAUGGUACCAAGGUGACGUGGGUAGGCAUAAUCCCGCAGUACCCCACCGGCCCAUCCACCGCCUCCUGGUCAAUCGACGGUAGCGACCCCGUCGAGUUCGAAAUUCCCGGUAUACCCUCCGACGCUACCCAAGAGUUGAACUUCCAGCAACUCUUCGAGACACCCCGUCUAAGCUCUCGCGGCCCGCAUACUCUUGUAGUGACGUAUGACGGACCCUCCGUUCCUCUCACCCUUGACUACCUCUUCGUCGAGAAUGGGGACGUCAACAACUAUCAAUCCUCCCGCACUGCAACCAUUGGCGGGACCAUUAGAGGUGGAGGCAAGAGCGGUGGAGGGUCGAGUGGCGGAACUUCUGGAGGUACCAACGGGAGUGGUGCUAUGUCCUCACAGGAGACCCCAGUGGGAGCGAUCGUAGGAGGCACAGUCGGCGGUGUUGUUUUCCUAGCGGUGUGCGGCAUUCUCGUCUAUCUCUUCCUCAGGCGAAGGAACGCAAAGCAGAAGGCUGCCACCACCGACCUGAUCCCGCCGUUCGCAACUCCUAUGUCCACCGGGAAUGCUCCCUCGUCGCCACACAGUCCUCCUCCCACUUCGGGGAUGUACUACCCUUCCCAAAUGGUAGAGUACUCCCGUGACCAACGUCCAGUUUCUGCUGGGGCAACGCCAACCGGUUCGAGCAUGGUAUCAGUCCCCACGACUACGAAUAGCAACGUUCCUAUCCUCUACACCCCAGGUUCUGCCAGCCCCAACGUUUCUCCUGGCCAACUCCCCUCGCCCACGACUCCCACUUUCCUGCCAGACCAGGUGAAACACCCGCGCAUUCCGCAAUACCCAGAACCUCAGCAUUAA